AUGGCGCGCGUUUAUGCCGAUGUUAACGAGCAUAUGCCUCGGUCCUACUGGGAUUAUGACAGUGUAAACAUCUCUUGGGGUGUUCUGGAGAACUAUGAAGUGGUCCGCAAGAUAGGCCGUGGAAAGUACUCGGAGGUCUUUGAGGGCAUCAAUGUUGUCAACUACCAGAAGUGUGUCAUCAAGGUCCUCAAACCAGUCAAGAAGAAGAAGAUUAAGCGUGAAAUCAAGAUUCUUCAGAACCUGGCAGGUGGUCCCAACGUGGUAGCGUUGUUGGAUGUGGUCCGCGAUAGUCAGAGCAAGACCCCGAGUCUGGUUUUCGAGUAUGUGAACAAUACCGACUUCCGCACACUCUAUCCGCGAUUCUCCGACUACGAUGUCCGCUACUAUGUCUAUGAGCUCCUCAAGGCGUUGGACUUCUGCCAUAGCAAGGGUAUCAUGCAUCGUGAUGUGAAGCCUCACAACGUCAUGAUCGACCAUGAGAAGCGCAAGCUGCGUCUUAUCGAUUGGGGUCUUGCCGAAUUCUAUCACAAGGGUACUGAGUAUAACGUUCGUGUCGCCUCUAGAUACUUCAAGGGCCCCGAGUUGCUCGUUGACUUCCAAGAAUACGACUACUCUCUGGACAUGUGGUCACUUGGUGCCAUGUUCGCAUCUAUGAUCUUCCGCAAGGAGCCUUUCUUCCACGGAAACAGCAACUCAGACCAAUUGGUGAAGAUCGCCAAGGUCCUCGGCACUGAGGAGCUCUUCGAGUAUCUGGAUAAAUAUGAAAUUGAGCUGGACCCUCAAUAUGAUGAAAUUCUUUCCCGUUUCCCUCGCAAGGCCUGGCAUACCUUCGUCAAUGCCGAGAAUCAGCGUUUCGUCUCUGACGAGGCCAUUGAUUUCCUAGACAAACUUCUCAGAUAUGAUCAUGCGGAACGUCUGACCGCACAGGAGGCCAUGGCUCACCCUUACUUCGAUCCUGUCCGGCCAGAAGUGCAAGCUCAGAACAAUAGGGGAUUGUAAACAUAAACCGCAAGCGCGCACCAGAGUCUUAUAGCUAUUAUACACAGAACCCUCGGGUUUACUGCAUAGCACCCUCCACGAUUAUUUGACCAUCUGCUGCUGCUGAUAAACAUCGAUUUGGUUUACAUUUUGAGUGCCUUGGGUUGAGACAAGGAGAUGAGUUUAUUACAAGAAAGAACUACAAACGG